AUGGCUGCCCCGGGACCCGACCUAAACGCCAUUCUCGCGGCACUGGCUGCUGGAGGACACGGCACCCCAUCCCAGACACCACAACAAGCCCCGCCCGCGCAGCACCCGCCGCCGCCGCAAAUGCAGCAGCAGCAGCAAAUGCCUCCAGGCUACCCAGGCGCGAUCCCCGCCGCGUCUCCUCCCGCUAUGCCUGGCUACAACUUCCCCCAGCCCACACACUCCGGUAGCCUCGACCUCAGCGCAAUCAAGCCUGUCAGCUCCGGCUCUGUUAGCAUCCAAGAUGCGCUCGCGAAAGCGCGCGGUUUUGCAGCGCAGAAGGGUCUUGCCUUCGACCCCCGUCCAGCUCAUCAAGAAGAUCCCCGACUGGGCGGCCGACCAUACAGGCGCUCCAGGUCACGGUCACGUUCGCCCCAGCGCCGAGAUGGCGCGCGUGAGGGCUACAACCCUUACCGCGACGAGCGCCGUGAUGAACGUCGAGGCGGUGGCUACGCACGUGAACGCUCCCGAUCCCCUCCUAGACGUGAGACCUUUUCUCCGACGAACCAGCAGUAUGGUGGUCGUACCUCCCCUCCCAAUGACAACUCUGAGGUGAUUCUCAUUGAUUCUUCGCUCGUUGGCCUUGUGAUAGGACGUCAAGGUGAGAGUCUUCGUCGCAUUGAACAGGAGUCAAAUACUAGGAUCCAAUUCAUCAACGGCCCUGAGGCCGGUCCGCAGCGUCAGUGUCGCAUCACUGGCCAACCCAGCGCGCGCAUCAGCGCCAAGCGAGAGAUAAACCGCAUCAUUGAAGAGAAUGGCGGUAACCCUGCUCGUGAGACUGGCCGCAAUUCAAAGCCUGGCGCAAAGCCUGUCGGUCAGCAACAGCCUGCUCUUCGCGAAGGUGAACAAUCGUCCCAAAUCAUGGUGCCUGAUCGUACUGUUGGUCUUAUCAUCGGCCGUGGCGGCGAGACCAUCCGUGAUCUGCAGGAGCGCAGUGGUUGCCACGUGAAUAUCGUCGGUGAGAACAAGAGCGUGAACGGACUUCGCCCUGUGAACCUCAUUGGAAGCCCUGCCGCUGCUGCCCAUGCUAAAGAGUUGAUCAUGGAGAUUGUCGACAGUGACACGAAGCAAAUGGAUGGAUCGGCGCAACCUCAGCAAGCUGCACCUCAGCAGCAGGCAGGCAGACGUGAUAACUUUGAUCCGUACAGCGGAGCCGGAGCUGGUGCCGCAGCCGGCGCUGGUAACAAGAUCAAUGAUAGCAUGUUGGUCCCUUCAGACGCUGUUGGCAUGAUCAUCGGUAAAGCUUCUGGCGCCGAUAUUGAGCGUGAGAUCGGUCUAGUUGGAUCUCGUCAAUCUAUUGAUGAUGCCAAACGUGCCAUCUGGGAGAAGGUCGACUCAAGUGCUCGUCGACGUGACAACGGCAACGGCAAUGCUAACGGUGGUUAUGAUAACAACUACUCACAACAGGCUCAGGCUCCACAGAACGGCUAUGCUGGUGGCGGCGCGCCAGCUGCACAGCCUGCUGCUGCUGCCAAUCCUGCUGGCGGUGCAGCUGCUGACCCUUAUGCCGUCUAUGGUGGUUACCAGAACUAUCUCGCCAUGUGCCGCAAGGAGGGCAACCCCAGCCGGGACCUUAGACUGUCGCGUGUCCGCUUUGACGUUGAGCAUGCUGCUGAGACUUCGUCGAUUGAUGCUUGCUUGCUUGCAUGA